CUUACGUUGUGUAUGGUACUUGUCAUUCGGUAUUGUGCAAAGUGUAGUGAACUACAUUAAUAUUAUAAACAAAAAUGUACACACUCAUACAAAAGGUAAUAGAUUUAAACGAAUCAAAAAUGUGGUACUUAACUGUUAUUUCACUGAUAAUUAUAUUAGUAGUAGUUAUGAUACUACGAUUGGAAGGCAGAAGAAAAAGAAUAUUGGCAAAUAAAAUACCAGGUCCCGAUGGUUCAAUUUUUAUUGGCUUAUUACCAUUAUUUCUACAAGGGCCAGAAAAACUUAUUUCAAGUGGAUUAAAAGUGUACCAAAAAUAUGAGAAGUCUUUAUUUAAAGUAUGGGUCUUAAAUAACCUUUACAUUGUACUUACACGACCUGAAGAUAUAGAAUUAGUCCUUACUAAUCCAAAAUUACAAAAGAAAUCUAAAGAAUACUUGGUUUUACAAGAAUCCAUCAUGGGCCAAGGAAUAUUUUCAAUCGAUGACAUAAAAAAAUGGAAAAGUAAUAGGAAAAUGGUAUCCGGAGGUUUUAAUUUUAAAAUUAUAAAAUCAUUUAUACCGAUAUUUUACGAAGAAUCUAAUGUUCUUAACAACAUAUUAAAACAAAACUAUGAUUUGAAAUCAAACGAGUGUGAUAUAAGUUCUCCUAUUAGUAUGGCUACAAUGGAAAUGAUCGGAAAAACCGCUCUAGGUGUAAAAUUUUAUGCUCAAAAUGGCGGUCGUCAUCGAUUUGUCGAAAAUUUACAAACAGCCAUGAUUGCAUGGGAAUACAGAAUUACACAUCCAUGGUAUUUGAGCAAAACAUUAUUCCGGCUUUCAUCAGUUAAUAAAAAACACGAUCAAAGUCAAAAAAUCAUUAACGAUUUCACUGAUGAAAUAAUUAAUAAAAAACUUGAUGAAUUGAAUCAAAAUGCAAAUAAUGAAAAAAAAGUAGAAACAGAUGACGAAGAUAUUAGUCGAAAAACAAAAACGGUUAUAGAGAUUCUGUUAGGAAAUUAUCAUGAAAUGUCGCAUGAACAAAUACGAGAUGAACUUGUAACUAUCAUGAUUGGAGGCCAAGAAACUACUGCUAUGGCCAAUGCGUGUGCAAUUUUUAUGUUAGCUCAUCAUCCAGAUGUACAGAACAAGGUGUUUGAGGAAUUGCAAUCGAUAUUUUCGAUCGGCGAUCAGAAUAGAUCACCAACAUACGAAGAUUUACAACAAAUGGAAUAUUUAGAACGUGUGAUCAAAGAAACAUUACGAAUUUUCCCUCCUUUACCUGUUUUUGGUAGAAGUUUAGAGGAGGAAAUGCAAAUCGGAGAAUAUUUGUGUCCAGCUGGUUCAACGCUGAUGGUCUGUCCACUAUUUUUACAAUCAAGUACGCAGUACUUCACUGAUCCAGAAAAAUUUAACCCCGACAACUUUUUACCAGAUACGUGUCGCAGCCGGCAUCCAUAUACUUUUAUACCAUUCAGUGCGGGAUACAGGAACUGUAUCGGAAUAAAAUAUGGCAUGCUCCAAAUGAAAACCGUCAUAUCGACACUAGUGCGAAAAAAUACAUUUUUCCCAUCUGACAGAUGUCCCACGCCGAAACACCUAAAAUUAAUGUUUUUAACGACACUUAAAUUUGUCGACGGUUGUUACGUAAAAAUAGUACCAAGAACUCCGUAAAAUGAAUAACACAUUACAAUAAUGCGCAUUUUGUUCAUUAAAUUAGUUAAUAUAUGUAUGUAGAUUUUUUGUACUUAAAAACAAGAAUAACUCGAUUUCCGUCCAGUAUUAAUUAGUUUAUAGUUAUAUUUUAUAUAUUAUAAUUAAGGCUGGGAUUUCAAUGCAUUUUCAUCUUUUUUGGAGGAUGUCUAACGCGAUGUUUUCCAAGCUACAAAUAUGUUUCAAGUAUUAGUAAAUUGUUUUGGGACAUUUUUUGCAUAUUUAGCAGAUUUGAUACUUUUUAGGGCGUUUAAAUCCGAGCCCUAAUUAUAAUAUAGAAACAUAGACAAAACUACAGGUUAGAUAAAUUAGGCCGUAGCCUGACAUAAAGCCGACAAGUUAUCGGUCUCGAAAAUGAUACAGAUGGGGACUAUGGGGUAGGUACAUAAUAAUGUAACUAUUAUUUUAAAAAAAAACUAAAAUAUCAUGAUUAUUUUCCCGAAAUUUUAAUCACUAUUCACAAUAAUACUUAAGAAGACAGAGACUUAAGCAAAUUUACCGCACUUAAAAAUAAAAUGUAUUAAUAAUAUAUUAUAAUUUGAGACGGCGGCAAAUGUCCUGCUCGUAAAUUGCUAAAUUCACAACUGAACGCGGGUGUUGCGUCCUCUUAAUAUAACAUAAUAUUAUGUUUAAUAUUAGCUUCUUCUAUCUGAUGUAAUUAUUAAGAAAUUGUAAGAAAUAAGAAUAGGCUUUUAAAAUAUUUUAUUAAAAUCAACAAAUUAAUUUCUUUAUGUAUACUAUACAAUAUAUUUAUUUUAAUAUAAUGUACUAUGUUCGAUUGUAGAAAAAUGUGUACAAUAUGUUUUCGUCAAAUAUACGCAUAGGUUAUAGGUAAGGUAGGUUAUUUGUAGAAAUAAGAAGAACGGUUACCACGAACGAUGUCGAUAUAUCGUAUUUUUGUUGCAGAACACACUAUAUCUUCAAAAAAAAUAGGCUGUAUAUUUUAUUAAUUAUUAGUAAAUUUUUUUAGAAUUCAUUGUAAGCUUAGAAAUAUUGUGGUAUUGGUGGUAGUAUGACUAUAAUGAAAAAGUUCUGAAAUCUAGAAGAACUCUCAAAAAUUUAUACAUAGGAAUUAUUACGAACUACCCUAUACGAUCCAGAAACAUACGCACUAAAAAAAACCGAAGAACUGAGUAACGAUUUUUGAGUAGAAUGUGCUAAGAAAAAUACAUGGGUUGAUCCUUGAUAGUGAAACCUGUAAUAGGUAAUUUUUACUUCCCGGCGAUUUUAACUGGGGGAGUUAACUUCGCCUAUCACGUCGAAACCAAAGGAAAGAGAAAGAUGAUAAUAAUAUGAAAAAAAAAUUACCAAUAUCUAAAUUUAUAAUAUAUUAAUACAAAAACCAAACCCAGAGUAUUAAUUGUAUAAAUAUGUGGGGUGUUUUUAUAACAUUAAAAAAUAUAUAAAUAUAUAUAUGAAUUGUUAAUAUUUUUUUGACGAGGAAACAGGGCAGUUUUAAAAUAUUUUGGCCUAGCCCAAUAUAAAUGUCUAGUUUUGCCUAUGUAUGUACAUUAAUAAUGAACUAUUUAAUUAUUUUGAUUUUAUAAAUAUAAAUAUUAAUAUUAUUAUACAUAUUUGUCUGUAAUUGCACGUGUACUGUACUUUUGUAUCUACCUCCAAAUACUGUCAAGCUUAUAUAUUGUUUAGCCGUUUAGGUUAUUACAUCAAAUAUAAAAUUAUUUAAUUACUUAUUUUUAUACUCAUUGGGCGAUUUAAAA